UUUUUCUUUGUUCCAAGGGGUUUUGGGCUUUUGGCAUCGAAGUGGUGGCGACUGGCCGUGGGAAUGAGGGUUUGAAACAUUGAAACAGGAAAGAUGCCCCGGAGUCUGUCGCGCUCUCCAUCUUACCGACGAAGAUACUCACCGCCGUCCCCGGCGCCUCACCAUCGCCACAAUCGAAGAAGCCGAAGGGAUCGAAGCCUAAGCCGAAGCCGCUCUCCCUAUUCCAAUUCCCACUCCAGGCGAAGAAGUCGUUCUAAUUCCUCGCGUCGCCGUAGAAGCCGCUCGCCAUCCUAUAAGCGCCGCAACCGAUCUCGGACGCCUAGGCGACGCAGAAGACAAAGCAGUAGGAGUACUUCUUUGUCUCCUUUACCCAAGUCUCGUAGUCCAAGUGUUGCGUCUGCUGAACGCAAAUCUGCCACUGAGAAACUUAAAAGAGAGGAGGAAGAAAAUAAGAGGCGUCAACAUGAGGAAGAACUGAAACAAUUGGAAGAAGAGACUGCGAGGAGGCUGGAGGAAGCGAUUCGGAAAAAUGUUGAGGAGAGGUUGAGUUCAGAAGAAGUCAGGUUAGAAAUAGAGAGGCGAAUAGGGGAAGGUCGAAAGAAAUUGUUUGAUGAUGUUGCAACUCAACUUGAAAAAGAAAAGGAAGCUGCUCUUAUUGAAGCAAGAAGGAAAGAAGAACAAGCUCGAAAAGAGAGAGAAGAGCUAGAUAAGAUGCUAGAAGAGAAUAGGAGGAGAGUGGAAGAGGCUCAAAGAAGAGAGGCUUUAGAGCAGCAGCGGAAAGAGGAGGAACGCUACCGGGAGUUGGAGCUAAUUCAAAGGCAGAAAGAAGAGGCAUUGCGGAGAAAAAAGCUUGAAGAGGAAGAAGAGCGUGCAAACCAGAUGAAAUUGUUGGGAAGCACAGCUAGGGAAAGGAAUAAGAGGAACGAAUUUCAUUACGACAGCUUCCUCCGAGACGGCUACAAAAGUCUUGCUCGAAGAAUCUGUGGGGGCAAGCUAACCCAUACCUAAAGCAACCAGAGAUUUUUCCUUAAGAGAGAAGUCUCCGAACCCCAAACAUAGCACCUUCUGUCACGCAAGUCUCGAGUCUAGGCUUUGACUAGAUGAAGACAUUGAAGAUUAUCUAUCUAUAAGCCUCACAAUAUUCACUCAAGACAAAAUAUGGCUUGGGACUGCAUCCGGUAAGGCCUGCCUUUGAAAAUCUUGGUGAUUAGCAUUUGGAAGGGGGAUUUUAGACCUUUGGAAUUCAAUGUGAGGAAAAAACAUAGUUUUCCUUUUUUCAACAAUGGAUGUUAUAAUGACAUAAAUAGGAUGGAAGAGAGCUCAGUCUCAUUUGAAACACCUACGGCAGUAUCAUGACUGAGAAGCAGUCUUAGAAUCCAUUAAAAUUGGAAGAAGAG